UCAGCCCCAGUGUGAGGGGGUGUGUAUUGUAUACAGGAAGUGGUCACGCUCCUGUCUGCUGAGGGCAGCCAAUCAGAUGACAGCCGGUAGCAGCGUGCACUGGUCGCUGUGAUGCCCGGUGUAUCCAGCUUAGCUGUGUGACCAGACAGGGCAGACAUGGGAGCCGCGCUGUUUCGAGCCACGCUAGUUCGAGCCUUCAGGAACUUUAAUGUGGAGAGCAGAGCUCACAAGCUUAUAGGGAAGGACAAGCCCAGCCCUGCGCCCAUGUACCCGAGCACCAAAGAGACAAUGGCCGGUGUGCUCUCCAGUCACCCUGAAAUCCAGGAAACCGUUUUCAAAAAGGAUGAUAAACUUUUAUCACAUCUGAAGGAAGUUUAUGUUGACUCCAAAGACCCUUUACCCGAGGUGAACAACGAAGUUCUACCACCCGCAUCAGAGGAGUUCAGAGCUCCAAAGCAGACCAUGAGCAGUGUUUUUCUGAACAUCGAUGUCGAAAGCAUUCCAAAGGGUAAAAUGACCAUUGUUGAGGCUCUGACCGUUCUUAACAAUUACAAACAAUCUCCACAAACAUGGACUGCAGAGAGGAUAACAAAAGAAUACAACUUAAAUAUUCAAGAAACCAAGACCCUGUUGGAGUAUUUUAGACCUUUUGACGUGAAGAUCAUUUCACUAAAGAAAGAACUGAUUGAGGAGAAGUAAGGCUGAUGCCCUUUUAUCUGGCGGACGCUCGUGGAAUUUGUGCUUAUUUUGCUACUGUAUUUUGAAUGAGGACUCAAAUAUUACUUUGAAAGCAGAUUUAUAAACAAAACUCUGAAUUAUUUAACAGUUUGAAGUAAAUGAUAAAUUUGUAUCUCUUGGAGUGUG